GGCCGCAGCGGCCGGAGGCUUGGGCGCUGUCGGAGGGCGGGCAGUCUCGGGCAGCCGCAGUCUCGGCGGGCGGCGGUGAAAAAAAGCGUCCCCAGCCCCGCCAAUUCGAGACCCCCGGGAAGACGCUACUUCUCCGAUCCCUGCGCCCUCGCCCACCACCGCCAAGCCAGAGGGCACAGGGCGGCCCUGACAAUCCUCGAGCGCCAGGCUGGGCCGCGGAGCUGGCGGGGCGGCGGGAUCCGAGGCGCAAAGCCCGCCCUUCGCCCAGCCCCAUCGGUGGGGAUCAGCCCAGAGGGCGGGAGCAGGGAGGGGAGACGGGGUCCUCACCCCCAGCCCCUCCCCUUUCUCCGCCCGGCACAAACCGGGAGCCGCCCCGGCCCCAGCGCCUUCUUCCCCGCCUAGGCAGACGCGACCCGCCGAGGCAAAGCCAUAGGAAAAAGCCCCGCCCUCUGGCAGGCUACCUCCGGACCCGAAGUGCGCCGCGCGCGGCUGCCAGCCGCUCUCGGCUGCUACGCAUGCGUGACUGCUAACUGGGCCAAGCGCCUCCUGAGGCGCUAAGGUUGCGCCCUGAGGCGGUUUCCGUUCCCGGACGUUUGGAGUCUGUCGUGGAGGAGGGGAAGGAAAAAGUAAGGCGUAGAAGUACACUGAGACUUCGUCACACAUAAAACAAGCAGGACUAAGAAAGAGGGCGCGAAGGGACUCCUGGAAGAAAUUGAGUCUACAUUUAAGAUCACCCUAAAAUUAGUGACGGCCUCUUUAUUACUCCAAACCCCAGAUUUAAGUCGGUAGGACGUCUUCGCGUUGACUUGUGGGGAAUGUAGUUUUGAUGCCGGCGCGUUUUGUUUGCGACAGAAACUACAACCCCCAGGGGCCACUGCGACGUUGCCUGUGGGUGCCCGCGAACCAACGGUUAGCGGUGGCAGGGGCUGACGGAGAGCGUCUGCUUGAUAAUGGAUUCUGAAUUAAUGCAUAGUAUAGUAGGAAGCUAUCAUAAACCUCCAGAAAGAGUAUUUGUUCCCUCAUUGAUCCAGAAUGAACCAUCUCAGAAUUGCCAUCCUGCGAACUUAGAAGUUACCUCUCCUAAGAUACUUCAUAGCCCAAAUAGCCAAGCUCUUAUUUUAGCCUUAAAAACUCUUCAGGAAAAAAUUCAUCGUUUAGAGCUGGAGAGAACACAAGCUGAAGAUAACCUGAACAUUCUUUCCAGAGAAGCAGCACAGUAUAAGAAGGCCUUAGAGAAUGAAACAAAUGAGAGAAAUCUGGCACACCAGGAGCUGAUAAAGCAGAAAAAAGAUAUAAGUAUACAGUUAAGCUCAGCCCAGUCUCGUUGUACUCUUCUAGAGAAGCAACUAGAAUAUACAAAGAGAAUGGUUCUCAAUGUAGAGCGAGAAAAGAACAUGAUCCUAGAACAACAGGCCCAGCUUCAGAGGGAAAAAGAACAAGAUCAGAUGAAGCUGUAUGCAAAACUUGAAAAGCUUGAUGUCUUAGAAAAAGAGUGUUUUAGACUUACGACAACUCAGAAAACUGCUGAGGACAAGAUUAAACAUUUAGAAGAAAAACUUAAGGAAGAAGAACAUCAACGUAAGCUAUUUCAAGACAAAGCUUCUGAGCUUCAAACUGGACUUGAAAUCAGUAAAAUUAUAAUGUCUUCAGUUUCAAAUCUAAAGCACUCCAAGGAAAAGAAGAAAUCUUCAAAGAAAACUAAAUGUAUAAAGAGAGGACCACCUUGGCAAAUUUGUUCAAAGUUUGGAGCACUGCCUUUUGUGGCUGAAAAGAUGAGGCAACAUCGUGACCCACAUAUCCUUCAGAAACCUUUUAACGUGACUGAGACUAGAUGUCUCCCCAAGCCUUCUAGAACAACUUCCUGGUGUAAGGCUAUUCCUCCUGACUCAGAAAAGUCCAUUUCCAUUUGUGACAAUUUGUCUGAACUUUUGAUGGCAAUGCAAGAUGAGCUGGACCAAAUGAGCAUGGAGCACCAAGAACUACUGAAACAAAUGAAGAAAACUGAAAGCCAUUCAGUCUGUGACGACAUAGAAUGUGAACUAGAGUGUUUACUCAAGAAAAUGGAAAUUAAAGGAGAACAAAUCUCCAAACUGAAGAAGCAUCAAGACAGUGUAAGAAGGCUUUAGUCCGUAAACUGCUGCAAAAAGUUCAAAACUCAAAGAUGAGUGAAGCUUCAGGUAUUCAGCAAGAAGACAGCUACCCUAGAGGAUCAAAGAACAUAAAAAAUAUCCCCAGAAAAUGUUUGACUGACACUAACCUUUUUCAGAAAAACAGCAGCUCUCAUCCAAUACGAAUUCAUAAUCUUCAAAUGAAAUUGAGAAGAGAUGAUAUCAUGUGGGAACAGUAAUAAAACAGUAAAACUGUCACCUUAAUGAACUUUGUCAAUGAGACCUUGAAUUGUCUAAAGUGGUUUUAAUUUAAUAUAACUUUGUGACAUUUUGAAUCAUGUUUCUAGCUUCUAUAAAACAUGAAGUUGCAGUAUUUAAAAAUUAAUGCCUAAUGACCUACUGGGUUCCAAAUAAUAAAUUAAUUACUUUUUUAUUUUUCUUAUUGAUUGAAGCCCGUAACUUCAUCUUGUCUUGGAAACAUUGUUUGCUUUGCAGAUAUCUUAAGCUAAAUUUAAGAAAUUGUACUAGAUUGACAAUAUUCAAAAUUGAGUUAAAUCCGAGCUACAAGUACCAUUCAUUCCACUUUUCGUUUAGUAGGUUUGGAACCUUAAAAACCAAUGUUAAAUGAACAGAGUUCAGAAAGAUCAUUUAGCUUUCUUGGUGCCUUUUUUCUAUUUUGUUUUAGAGCUGUGAAAUGUUUUUCUCUUUUGGAAAAGGAAAAACUUAACAGUUACACAGUUUUAUGAAGAAGCCUUUAAUCCAAGUUUUAUGAGACAAUGGGAACCUAUAGCUACUUAAUUUUUAGGAGACAGUAAUUCAGUUGCAGAAGCUUUCCUCUGCUAUUCCCAUUCUCUUUUACAAAACUAGUUUUUUUAAAAAAUCAAUGAUCAAUUUUAUCUUACUACUUUAUAACUUUUAUAACUUUUGCUGACUAUUAUUCUUUGCAUUGUAUGUAAUGUCCAUCAGUAUAAACUGAGACUGUGAAUUUCUAGGACCCACAAAAGCGGUAUUUUUUUUUUUUACAAGAAAGUAUAGAAGAGGAAGCUGGGCAUUAAAUUACCUCAUCCAGCAGAAAUUCAGGGUAGUAUGGUAUAUUUUUAUUUUUUAUAUUUUAAAAUCAAUAAUGUCAAAUGUCAUUGUGUACGCAUGCUUUAUAAUAAAUUUGCACUUGAUCAUUUUUCUGGAAGCCUAUGGGAACUAGUACAACUCUUCUGAACUCUUGGUUUCUCACUCAAAUCUUCUGAGACAACUGGGGAACUAGAGUCAUGAACUGAAUUAGAAAUAGAGGACAGACAGAAAAGGUGUAAUAGAAUGGAGGGGCUUAAAUAUAGGGUAGCAGUUUAAGAGAUGGUGAUUCCUAAGGGACAGAGUUGGAGGUACAUAUUUACUGAAUUCUUUGAACCCACAGCUGAUGGAAUGUUCAAGCUAUAGAUGUGAAAGAAUUUUUAGGUCAGGAUCUUGGGAAGCUAAGGAGAGCAAUUUUUAAAAGACAGUUUUUCUGUUUUCCUAGGAAAUUCCCAAUUAGCUUGUGUAGGAAAAAGUUGGUAAUUAUGGAUCUUUUGGGGAGGAAGAGAACUGUAAUUCAUUCUAAUGGUGAGGAGAGAUACCAUGUUAGAAGACCUUCCAUACCUGGAAGUGGGGAAGUGACUGAAGAUGGGCACAUUGAUACUUGAAAUUGUCCUUGAAAUUAGUUAAUGGCAGAGAUCAAAAUUUCCUCCUGUUGUAAAUAGUGCAUGUGCCCUUUGCCAGCUUUCACCCCCACUCAUUCACACCCUUAGCUCCUCAGCCCUGGAGAUGUUCCAUAGGGUGUUUGAUCUAAACUCGGCUGCAUCACCUUACCUGUUUUUCUACUUUGCCUUGCCUCCUUGAGGAUAUGAGUUUUAUAUUUUAAGCUUAGCUUUUUGCUAAACUUUUUAGCUUUCUGCUAUCCACCAGGACCAUAAUGCAGACCUAUAGUUCUGUGCCUUUGUUUUCUAUACAUUUAGGAAGGUGGCUGAAUAUAUUUAGUUAAUAAUAAAGUCAUUACUUGUGAAAAUGUAUUGCUUUAAAAAUUAUCAUUAAAAUUUUAAAAACCGGCCAGGCACGGUGGCUCAUACCUAUAAUCCCAGCACUUUGGGAGGCCAAGGCAGGCAGAUCACGAGGUCAGGAGAUUGAGACCAUCCUGGCCAACAUGUGAAACCCCGUCUCUACUAAAAUACAAAAAUUAGCCGGGUGUGGUGGCGUGUGCCUGUAAUCCCAGCUACUUGGGAGGCUGAGGCAGGGGAAUCGCUUGAACCUGGGAGGUGGAGGUUGCAGUGAGCUGAGAUCGCACCACUGUACUCCAGCCUGGUGACAGGGCAAGACUCUGUCUCAAAAAAAAAAAAAAAAAAAAAAAUUAAAACCGUUUUAGGAACAUGGAAUAUUUCAACUGAGAAUUUUCUUAAAAAUUAGUCCAGUGUAGUAGAAAAAACCACAACUUCAGAGCUAGGAAACUUGGUUUCAAAUUCUGGGACUCCACCAUUUAAUAGCUUGGACAAGUCAGAUAACUUUCUGGAGCCUCAGUUUCUCAUCUGUAAAGUGAGGAUUAUACUAAUAUCUCCCUCACAGGACUAUACUAAUUUGUUGUGAGGAGUUAAUGAAAUAACAUGGGAAAGCACCCACAGAAGAGUUGACGCUUUAUAAACACUCAAUAAAUAUUUUUUGAAUCUGAGUGGCAAAAAAAAAAAAAGUAGAACACAUGUUUGCGUGGGUUGAAGCCUAAAAGCAAACACCUAAAUAUAUUAUUGGUAAAAGUGGGAAUAUUCUCACUUAUUUUGGUUUUUGUCUCUUUCUGUGUGCCUGAAGGGAAAUGGCUUUGGCAUCUUUCCUAGCCCAGGUUUCUAAUGGGAAGGGGUAAAGAACACAGUCCUGUCAUUGUGCUGAAAUAUAUAACCACACACAGCAAAUAGGUUUGGAGUAUGGUGUGGUUGUUGAGGUGACAUUUAUUAUUGAGAGACAAUGAAGAAUGGUGUCUUGUUGCUUCAUCACAGCUACUGAACUCACAGACUGCCUGCUUGCCAGAGCCUUUGACUCCUCGGGGUGGAGCAAAAGAUUUCUUUGCUGGAUGGAGCAGUCAGUCUACGGUCAGUGUACAAGAGUUUCUAUAGCAACCUCACAGCUGGGCUGUGUCUAGCAGGAACUUGGUAUGAUUUCACGGAUUUUGUUCACUUAAGUAAAAAACAGUUGUUUGGUUUUUAUGUAAUUACAAAUUGAAAUAAUGGAAUUGGAAUUUUCUAGCCAAGGCAGGUCUCAAUUUUCAUGAAACUGAAGCCAGAAAGUUCCAGUGUUUGAAGCAGCAGGUAUUGUGACUAUAUUCUGAUACUGGAAAUGGGAGUUGGAAUCCUGAAUUAACUGUACUUGGGUGGAUCAUUGGCAACUCAGCCAUUUUUAUUAGGUUGUAGACAAAGACGGGGGUCAGAGGGAAAUGUUCAGUUUUCAACAAUGUUAAGAUUAAAGUGGGAGAUACUUAGUACAUAGUAAGCUAACUGGCUGGGAUAAUGUAGAUAAUGUACUUGAAAAUUAUUUUUGAGCUUUUUUGGUAGCUUUCUUACUUUAUUCCUUUUUUUCUAUACCUGCAGGUAGAUAUGAGAGCUUUCUUACUUUAAAAGUGUAAUUUUAACUAUGAGUGUAUAUUCUUUUUUUUUUUUUGGUGGGGAUGGAGUCUCACUGUGUCACCCAGGCUAGAGUGCAGUGGCACGAUCUCAGCUUACUGCAACCUCCACCUCUCAGGUUCAAGCUAUUCUCCUGCCUCAGCCUCCCGAGUAGCUGGAAUUACAGGCACCUGCCACUACACCCAGCUAAUUUUUGUAUUUUUAAUAGAGACGGGGUUUCACCGUGUUAGCCAGGCUGGUCUUGAUCUCCUGAUCUCAGGUGAUCCGCCCUCCUCAGCCUCCCAAAGUGCUGGGAUUACAGGCGUGAGCCAACGCACCCAGCCUAAAUGUGUAUUCUUAAUCUAUGAUAAGAGAUCAAAAAUUAAAUAGAAAUUUUACUUGUAAUGUGAGAAAUCAAUCUAAGAGGGGAAGAGGCCAGUUAGUUAUGCACAAUGGAAGGAGUGUGCAUUGUGGACAGAAAUGCAACAGCUGCCAUUAUUGGUGUAGAGUAAAUAAUGAAACUCCUAAUGGGGUUUCCUGUAACUCUAUUCAGCUGUAACUAAAGCUUUGUCUACUGAGAACAUUUAAUUGUAGGUGAUGUUUAGAUAAGUAUAAGCUGACACUCAGACAUAUGACAAGACAACCCUCACUAAGGCAUAAUAGCAACUGUGAGAUUUUUUAAAAACUCUAUGCGUGCCAUUGCAUCUUUUAAUUAAAGUGAGAUGAGGAUAAAUAAAAAUAAUAUUGACUGUCACUCAUCUGAAAAUAAAUUUACUUCUUGGUAAUUAAAUAGAC